CAGUCUAAAAACGAAAACGGCAUUUAAUCGAUAAAGGUUUGUGUGUUAGUUUUUGAAAUAGAAAAAAAACCAAGCAACAAAAACAUACAAAAAGAAUCCAGCUUUGGUGAAUUCAUGCGCCCCGGAAUGGUAAGCAGUUCAACCUUAAAAUCCCAAAAUGAGACAACAAAAGACAAUCCAAUAACCAAAAACAGAAAACUACCCCUCCCAAAAAAAAAAAAAAAAAAAAAAAAAAAAAAAACCGCAAUCAUUAUAAGUUAGAAAUUAGAAACAUAGAACAAACAAACAAACAAAAUACCUUAGAUCAGCAAUUUUACAACCAAUCGCAGAACAUUAUAAAUAAGUUCUACAUUAUAUGAAAUAUAUGAAUCUUUCUAGUAUAUCAAAGGAUUGAAGCAGUAAAUUCAAGACAUUCUGGCAAUAAAAUUUCCAAAGUAUCGAUGACGUACAAGAGCUGAUUCUUAAUCUUGAUAAGAUCGACCUGAAGUAACAGACAAGAUUUAAUGAAGUAUCUGUUUUUUAAGAAAUAUUUUCAGAUCAUUGACAGGAAGUUGCGGUGAGGAUAAGAUAAGACAAUUCUUUCUGAUCCCGAGGUCACACCAAGACUGCGACUUGUUCGUCAGAGAUUGAGUUACGACAUCUGCUGCUGUGUGUGGGAGAUACGAUCUAUGAGAAAAAAAUUGAGUCUUGAAGUUGUUGUUUUUGGAGUUAGACCAUGCUGAAGUAAGACUGUGGAAUAUUGUCCUGUUAGUUUCAGGGUGAAUAAACUACCGUAUUCGAGGCAAAGUGUUGUAAAACAGAUAACCUUGCUGAUCAUACAGACUCAUCAUCGCUUACAGCAAUCAAGCUUAUAUACAUUAGUAUUACCGAACUCAGGGAUACAUAGAAGUCAUAGAAGCAAUCACGCUUUCAGGAUUAGCUUGUAACGGAUAACCAACUAGGGGAAACAGAAGAUUUAUUAUCUUAGAAGAAGUUAUAGAUUGUUACAGAUUUCCGCUCAUCGCACGCCAAAUUUAUAUAACAAGGAUCACUUCAAAAUAAAUUAAAGAGAUAAAAUUUCUUCAGAACAUUGAACAUACGGGUGAUAGGAAUCACGAAAAACAUAAGGAAGGCGACUUAUCAAACAGCGAACUCCAAUCAGAGCAAAUGAAAAGUCAUAAGUCAUGUAGAUUUCUUCGUUUACUCUAAAGAUAUUUGUAAUGAUAAAAAAUUUCUUUAUAUAAUCAGGAAUCAAAAUAAAGAACAAGAAUACCUGCUGUGACUAUGACGUCAAAAUAAAUAAUCAUGCACCACUUGGAUUAUAUUGGGGAUUUUGGAUAAUCUUCUGCAUUCGAUAGUGCUAGUCCCAGAAUUCAAUAGCAGCAACAAUUCGUUGUUACAGAUUAUACACAUACUUGUUUUAAAACAUACGUUUUCAAUCCGUAAAUUUAUAUUACAGUGUUGGCAACAUACGCCGUUGUUAUCAUUUAACAGGUUUUGUUUAAAACGUGUGUUGUUAAAGCCUACAUUUUCAUAUCGUACAAAUUACAGCAAUCUAACCAUGGCGAAAAAUCAUAAGCUUAUGAAAGAAAUAUCUGACCAAUUUCUAUCCUGCAAAAUUUGUUUGGAACCAUUUAAAAAUCCCAAAACUUUGUCAUGUCUUCAUACAUUUUGCUUUGACUGCCUACAGCAACAUUUAGAUGCAGAAAGUUCCCGAUCUCGUUUUGCUAUUUAUAAUCGUAACAUAACAUGCCCUCUUUGUAGAAAAAAGACAGAGCUCCCGUCUGGAAGUAUACGACGUCUUCCGGAUAACUUUCUUCUUUCGAAUCUUACAGAAAUAAUAGAUCGACGACGACCGUCGACAGUACCACCAUGCGAAAUAUGUCCAUCCGGUAAUCGAGGCAAUAACGCAUCAUCAAAAUGUCUUGACUGUUCAAAACUGCUAUGUAAAAGUUGUGUAAAACUUCAUUCAACUACUAAGGUCACUCACGAUCAUACUUUAAUUGACAUUGAAGGUCAAAAAGAUAUUGAAUGUAAAGAACAUCCAGAGGAAAUAGUCCGAUUUUAUUGUGACCCUUGUGACACGUGUAUAUGUGUCGUCUGCACAUUUCAAGAACACAGAGACCACGAAAUUUGUUCUUUCACAGAUGGAUAUUCACGAUAUAAAAAUUCUAUGGAAACUUUGUUGGACAAAUGUAAAAAGCGUCUGGAUGAUGUUUCAGAACGAAUCGGAAUGAUAGAUAAAUGCGAAAAGACAAUAAAAGAAACGCGCGAGAAUAUACGAGACUUAGCGAUUAGUUACAUACAACAAGUAAGACAAACAGAAAAAGAAUUGCUGAAAAAAGUUGAAUCAUUCUUCAGUGAAGAUGCUAUUAAUUUUGUGAACAAUAGGGAAUGGCUACAGGAAAAUGCAGACGGACUACAAAGUGCAUGUAACCUGGCGGAAAUUGUAAUGGCUGAUAGAGGAGUCGAAAUGCUUCUUCUUAAGAAAGAAAUGGAAGAGAAGUUGACUUCAUUGUUGGAUCCAGGAUUACCUGUCGUGCCUCCAGACUUUCAGCCACAAAUGAUAAGAUUUGUUCCAGGUUCCGUGUCAUUUGGAACAUUGAAUGUCAAUAAUAAUAAUUCUGAAGAAAACUUGUCUGAUUCCUGUCGAACGGCAGAACUUGUCACAUCAGAAACGCAAACGGACCAAUCAGAGACUAUUGACUGUGACUUUGUGAAACAAAACCAAAAGGAAUCUAAACAUUUAUCAACCCAAACAACAUUUACAAAGUCUGCACAGAAAGAAGUUAACACAGAACCCCUUACGUUCCGUGAUAAAUUUACAGGAACAAAUCCUCAACUUUCUAAUGGAUAUCAGGACCAGAAUACAAAUAAGGUUAAAAUGGUCGAUAGUUCAUUACAAGUUGUAACCGAUGCAGGAUCCCAAAGUUCUGGAAUAUGUGUCAGUUGCUGCGAAGAACUAAAAGACAAACCAACUCCCGUUGAAUUUGGAGAGGCACCAAAAAUCCAAGAAAUUAUUCUUAUGAACAGCUUAGAUAAAAGUGGCAAAGAAUGGAGGCGAAUGCGUAGAAGUAUGAUUAGAAGCCGACGGGUUCAAACUGACAUAUCUUUGUCAAAUGAAAAUAUUGCCAUUAGUCAUGGAUUUACAACCAAUGUUGCUCCUGUUUCACGAAGCUUCUCCUGUGAUGAUGUUAUUGACGAAAAAAUAGUCAGGUCAAUUGGUCUUGAUCCUAUUACCAUUGAAACACCCAAAUCUACGGUCGCAGAGCCACCUCGUAAGCGCAUGCGUCAUAAAACGACAAUGACCACUUGUGAAAUGAAACCAGUUGUCCCAACUAGUGAAAAAUGUACAUUGACAGCUCCGCCAGCUGUACGAACUUUUUCUUCUCAAACUGUGAUUGAAACAUCAUCAAUUCUUACACAAACGCCAAUAGUACACAGAUCAAGCAAAAUUGCAGGAACAGACUAUACAGGACAAACUGACCAAUCAACAACAACUCCUCAAAUAACACUCGUGGACAACGAGACCACCAUGCCAUUAGUUACUCAAAAUACAACAGGAACGUGGACUGAGGUUUUACAGACUUCAGAACGUGCAGUCUGUACUGAAGGUUGUGAAACCAAAGAAAUUGGAACUGGCAUGAGUCAUCCAAUAAACUGUGACCAAGGCGUGCAGAUCGUACCGGAUCAAUGUGAUAAAAAUAUAAACACAGGACCAGUUGAUGUCAGAAACCAGAAAUCUCAAACUGAGGCAAUGGAAGAUGCAUCAGAAAAUCGAAAAAGUUGGCAUGGGGGUGCCAGUUUCUUUUCAAAAUUAUUCAAGGGGAAAGGGUCGGGAUCAAAUACAAGUCUUUCGUCUACCUCAUCUUUACAAGUAAGCAUGGUCGACUCUUCCACAGAGACUAAUGAACUAGUUCUCUGUGAUAAAGAAACGGGUACACCAGUCCCUGUUUCAAUGGACCAAUGGACCGAAACUCCAAAACCUGUAAUGAUAAAUACGGGUAUAUCUCCGCCAAGACCUUUAUACGUAGAUUCCUGUGUCGAAACAAAUCACAUUACAUCUAUGGACCAAGCAACAUAUACAGAAGUUGUGCACCAUAAAGAUGUAGGGGUUGACACUGUCAUUAUUGUACACGACAACGAAACAUUAACAGAUAAAAUAAGAUGUCAGGAUGCACAAACAACAGUUGACAUUGUUUUCGAAACUAAUGAAACGAACACGGAAAACAAAAUAUUGAUGGACGCAUCUGUUUCGACUGUGGACGACUGGGUUCGGCUUUGUAAACCAGAUUCGUACGAUGUUUGGACGGCCACACCAUCACCCGAUAUACUGAAUACAGGGACCAAUACAAGUUAUGUUUCGACGGCGGAAAACGCAACAAGUAUAAGUCCACACGAACUGGUCAAUAGCGUUGAACGUUCAACCACACCUAUCAACGUUGAUAAACGAGACUUUGGAACAAUGGCCCUGUCAUUUGGCCAUUCGUCAUCUUCUGUUUCGGAUGAAAUGACACAAACAUUUACAGUUGCUCUUUAUGAUAAAUCUGUAUCUACUUCCAAGGAAUAUAUACCUGACCACGAAAGAAAAAUCGAGAGCUGUGAAAUGUCGACGUCUACUGAAUCCUUACCAUAUAUUGGACUUUUGAGUGAACUUGAAGGAGACGAAUUAUAUUUGAUACCAGAAUCUGCAUUUGGAAAGAGAUCAUCGAUUGAUUCUUUAACAUUAUUUGAAAACGACGUCGAAAUGGUGGAUGAUUGUACUUCGAUGGAAGAUCUUGUUCAGGAAGAAAUAUCAACACAAACAUUAGUAUCUUCAGGUAUAUUAGACCAUAUUCUGUUUUCGGAUGAUGACAAAUUCAAAAUGACAAGGGAAGAAAAGGGGGAUAACCUCGUCGAUGUUGGGAUAAACACCUUACCAAAACUUACAUUUGAAAAGGAAACGUCGACUCCUCUCCGCCAUUUGUUUUCUAAAGGUACAAUGACAUUUUACAUAUCGAAAACGGACAAAUCAACAAGUACUUUUAGCAGUACACGUCAGAUUGCUGAGUCCGUAUUUAACCAAAGACCAAUGCCCGAUAAGGCUAAUAAAGAGACAAUGACGAUUCACCAAGAUCUGAAAGAUGCAUCAACGGCUACAGAAAGCGUUGUAACUGGUGGCAAAAUGGCCGAAUGUAUAUCUAGAUUAAAAAAUGUUUCAGACCGUCUACAAAGUCCCACAAAUAAAACAGCUCCAGAUGCUCCUUGGACGAGAAAUUCAAGCGAUAAUAUUGUUGACCUGAAGAACAACGAAGAUAUACGGAAAAAACAAGUCAUGGACCUGGCUAAAGAUACUUCAACUAAAUCAAAAUUAAAAGGAAAGGAAAAACAAUCAAGUAGAAAAACACAACCUAUUACAUCAUUGAAGGGAAAAUUAGCUCCACCGGAUCCUAGCCCAGAAGACUUAAAGUCAAAAAGUCUACCACGGCAGGCAUCAGCAACAGUAAAAAUGGGGAGUCAAAGUAGUGCUUCAACUCGUAAAACUAUGCCAAGGUUUAAUUCAGCACCUGGUAGAAUUGCAACCGUUCCUAACCAACAAGCCACAAAGAAAAAUACUUCCGCACAACAUAAUUUAACGCCGAGUAGCAAACUUCCCGUUAAGGAUAAUCAGGAUCGUCCCAAAACACCAGUUGGGACACGUAAAGGGAAAUCGUCUUUGCCAGCAAUUACCGAAUCCCGAGCAUCGUCGGCUAGCUCCGAUGCAGAUUCGUAUGUUUCCGCUGUUUCCGAACAGUCGUCUGAUGUACUUGACUUGUCCUCAUUAAGAAUUCCUAGUCCUCCUACGGUUUCAAAUCGAGCAUCUUCAAAAUCUCCCGUUCCAAGGCGAAAAGUCAAAACAUCUGAAGAUAAAAAAGCGCAAAGCAAUGUUGGUUUUAUGCAAAAACUGUUUUCAAAGAAGAAAAAGCAAGAAGAAGAAAAGACUCCACCCUCACCUAAAAGACAACAUAAAAAGUUUACUCUGCCCCCGCCGCAAAUCCCAGAACCUGUCAAGCCUCCUAAACCACCAAAAUCGAAGGCAUUUGUUUAUAUGCGACAGCGAAUUUUCUCAAUAGAACAUGACAACGAAAAACCGCCAAGAAGAGGAUCAAAAGAGGACCCAUCUGAUGGGAGACCUGUUUCAUCAGAUAGCUCCUCGUCACAAGUAAGCGCCACCAUAGACGAUCGUCCACCAUCAACAUACGACAACCUAUGAUUUAUAACAAUACCGCUGUUGAUACUCUGGUUUUCGAUACUUUCAUGAACAAGUAACCAGUUAGCAUUCAUCGUUGACUUGCUUAAGAUAUAUCGGUGAAGAUAUUAUGCAGAGAAAUAAAAAAAAGAAUUGAUUACUUGGUAAUGAAAAGUAUUUUUUUCGUUUUACCGGAAUAUCAUAUAUGAACCGCCGGUGAAUACUUAUUUAUUCUUGGACGCAAAACAACCAUUUGCAACACAGAACAUAGCCAUUAGGAAACAUUCGUUUACUUAAUAAAAUUUGUUGGUUCAAAAUAAUUGAAGAUGAAAACGUGAGGAAGUUUCCCAAACCGGACUAACCCAAAAAUAUUUUUGAAUAUCUAUAUGCACAUAACAUAGUUUCUGAAUUUACAAAUAUAAGCACAUGUAGAUAAAUUAUAUUAUACAUUACCAUAACUUUGUAAAUGAUCGGUUUCAUUGUAGUUUCUUUUUAUUAGUGUGCUUUUGCUUCAAUUGCAACUUUUAUAAAUAUCUUGUUGGAGUCAAAAACCUGUGCUUCAUGCUCAAAACGCAAUUCAGCACACACUUUAUAAUUAGCAGAAGGAAUUCAAUACUAGUAACUAGGUGAUAAUAAGAAACUACCUUGAAAUAGGUCAUAUUUAUAGUAACUGUGAUAACAUUGACUCAUCAUAUUUAUAUUAUUCAUAAUGUGUCAUAAAACGGAUUGUUUCUAUUCUCGUGUUGAUGAACAUGCACUUAAGGGGUUCGAUACAGGGGAUUCGUGAAUUAGUCAAUGCCUAUCGCUCAUUUUUACGUUUAGCAUUGUUUUUAUUGAUUGGAAUUGAACCAAAAUAUCAAGUAGGAUAUUAUUAAAACACUUUUCGACAAACACAUUGGGGUUACAAAUAGUAGUUAUCUAAUCUUUCUAGCAUUAAAUCGUGCUAUUUUUACAGUACUACACAAAUCACUAUUUUGAAAGGUUUAUUGUAUCACUUUAUUUUAUAGUUAUUAUUUUUUCAUGUUUACGCAAUGUAUUUUAUAAAUAAACAUAAACAUGAUAAAAACAUAUCAUAUAGUAUAAAAUCAAUAAUAAAAAAAAUAGAUAUUAAAAUCAAAGAGAUAGUAUA